AUGCAGGAGCUGCCCCUUUCAGGACGCUCGGGAAGGCUUGAAGCGCGAAUCAGACCAGCGCGGCCAGUGACCGCAGAAGUCGAUCCGCUGUUGCAGGCGCAUGCACCAAGGUCCUCUUAUAGUAUUAGAAGUCAACUAAGUGGGGCCCAGGCGCAGAUGUUGGUGGAAGAGGAUACGGAGCAGGGACACGCCAGCGGAGAGUCCGCUAUUCCAACCCCAAUGGAGAUACGAAGAUAUCUCGACGACUAUGUCAUUGGUCAAGAUAAGCUGAAACGAACACUUGCCGUGGCUAUUUACAAUCAUCAUGCUCGAGUUCGGACGAAUAUGGUCCAACCACAAUCCGAAGAUCCACGAGAAGAAGCACGGUUCAACCCAAAUCCAAAACAGAUCAAGCGAAUGAUAUCCGACCCGGACGAACGCGUCUUGAUCGACAAGAGCAAUGUGUUGCUUAUUGGGCCAACUGGGUCAGGGAAAACCCUCAUCGCUCGUACCAUUGCCAAAGUCCUUGACGUUCCAUUUUCUAUGAACGAUGCGACCCCGUUUACGCAGUCGGGCUAUGUAGGAGAAGAUGUGGAAGUGUGCAUAUACAGGUUAUUGCAAAACGCGGACUUUGAUGUGGCUAGAGCACAGCGAGGAAUUGUCUUCAUUGAUGAGAUAGACAAGAUUGCCAGACGAACAGAUUCAGCGAAUCCAAAUCAAAGGGACGUAUCAGGCGAGGGUGUUCAACAAGGGCUACUCCGAAUGUUAGAGGGGACGGUUGUGAAUGUAACUGUGAAGCCGGGAGCCAGUAGUGCGAAGCGAAAUACAGCGCAAGGAGGGGAGGUGUACUCGAUCGAUACCUCAAAUAUUUUGUUCGUCUGUUCCGGCGCGUUUGUCGGUUUGGAUAAGAUUGUACAGGAUAGGGUGGGAGCAAAGGGGUCGAUCGGCUUUGGAGCGCAUGUGGGGAAGGAGGAGUCUAGUCCCGUGGUAUUAAAUGCCUUACAGUACGCCGAACCAGAGGAUUUAAUCAAGUAUGGUUUCAUACCAGAGUUCGUUGGUAGACUCCCUGUAAUGGCGAGCGCUAAUCCUCUCGGUGCUGAAGAGCUGGUGCGCAUCUUGGUUGAACCAAAGAAUGCUUUGACCAGACAAUUUCAGGGGAUCUUCCGAUGCAGCAACAUGGAACUCUUGUUCCAUUCAAAAGCGCUGCACAAGAUUGCCGAGAUAGCCGUGACAAAAAAGACUGGUGCUAGAGGGCUCCGAAGGAUCAUGGAAAAUAUAUUACAGCAUGCACUCUAUGAAUAUCCUGGUACGAACAUCCGCUAUGUGGUCGUGGAUGAAGCAGCUAUCGAUAAUCAGGAGCCGCGCGGCUAUGAGGAGCAUGAGCGUGAUCACGCAUAUCAAGCUGCGGGAAUAGCUCAAGAUUCCGCCGUGAGACAAUACACGCGAAAAACAAAGAAGAUAUUGGAAAGAGAUGCUGCAAAGGACCGCGCGGGAGGACUACCUUCGUUGCACGGUACUGGUGGAGUAAAAGAUGCGGCCAAAGACCCUGAGGGGUUCGACUCAACAAUUUAA